AUGGAAAGCAGAAAAGAGAUGGUGAUGCUCGCGGAGGGAGGCCAACUUGGCACGGCAGUGGGCAAGACGGGCUCUAAUUUGUCGGAAGCAGUUGGAAGCCCCGCGCGAGAAUCACAAGGAAAAACGGUCCACAGGAACUACACGAGCACCGGUUCUGCGCCCUACUCGCGAGACAGAGCGGACGAUGAGGUGGAGGGCGCACGGGGACCCGUGUGCGCCGAUAUAAGGCCGGUUGGCAUGUCCUCUUCUACGGAGAGACACCGAAUAGAUCACACCAGCAAAGAAGCUAGCAGCUCGGACACAGAGUCAGACUUCUAUGAGGAAAUUGAUGUGAGCUGCACGCCAGAAAGCAUGGACUACCCCAACGGGAAAGGUAAUGCACGAAACGGCAUGGCACUCUUUAUUUCGUUUUCUUCAACACGUUGCAUGGAUGUGAUUUUAAAGUUUGGACAAUGUAAACGAUUGAAUUUAAUAGAUGUGACAAAGUAAACAUAGCCUUCAAUCGAUUGCUAGUAGCCUAUUUCUGUGCAUGCAGCAACCAGAAUGAACAAGUCAAUUAUGGGGUAACAUAUACAAGACAUUCCAUACGAUUGUAUUAUGGAAAGUGGGUGACAACGACUUACUGAACGUAAUUGUUAUGUUUUUAUAACAACGUUCAUUUGGAAUGAAUAUCACAUGAAUGAAUGAAUUUCACUAUAGCUUAACUCUUGGAUUGUUACAUCCACACCCAUGAGAGAUCUCAUCUUAGGGUUACACCCCCUUAGCUAGGGUUUUAACCACAGUGUCACGUUUUAAACGAGUAACCCCGGAGCCAGACACCCUGUAGCAAAUUAACCAAUUUGCACGAACUAGGCUACUAGUAGAGAUUUUAAGUACUAAACAAACCACAAAUAAAAAUGAUAGACCUAAAAACAAAAAGACCUUUUAUAUUAAUUCGUUGGUAGACUGAUUGGAUUUGUUUGGGAACCAAACCCUUGGAGAACUGACAACAAACUGUUCAUGUCUUUAUGGAAAAUAGGCUCCAAAUGAAUUGUCUAAUGCUUAUUAUCAUAUGUAUUUUUAGGACCUGUUUUCAAAUUAAUGGGAAAAAUUAGCCUACAUGUUGAACGAAUGAUUAUACAUAGGCCUAUGCUAUUCUCUUCACAGUUAUUUCAUGAAAAUAUUAUACUGAUAUCAGGUAAAAUUUGGUUCGGCAUAAAAUAUAAUUAUCACAAUGAUUAAUUAAUAUAAUUGUCCCUUCUGCAGGUAUGGUAUUCAUUUAUAUGGAUUGUUUAGUUUACUGUAUAUAGGCCUAAUUUAGGAUUAGAUGCAUUUUGGCUAGUUAUGGUCCUAUGCUUUUGUCAACCUCAAUCAAACGAAAAAUACAGGCUGCAGUGACAAUUAUACAAAAACUAAAAUAAUAAAAUAAACCACUGUACAACACACUGUACAAUUGUAGGAUACUAUUGUAUCAUCAAAUGUAUCUUUACUUUAGGCUAUUCGAUAACAAACAAUCAGAUUUAUGUUUUCAAACCAUUCCAGGUCGAAACGGUGAUUCCCCCAGCCACCCGAGUGACAGCGGCAUGGAUCCCGGUAAGAUGGGUUUGGGCCAGGGAUCGCUGUCCUACGGGGCCGACGCGAUGCGACGGUACCGGACAGCCUUCACGCGUGAGCAAAUCGGCCGGUUGGAGAAGGAAUUCUACCGGGAGAAUUACGUGUCCAGGCCAAGGAGAUGCGAACUGGCGGCUUCACUAAAUUUACCAGAAACCACAAUCAAGGUGAGAUUAGGGCCUAUAAUAACAACAACGAUAUUUCAACAACAUAAUACCACUUCUCGACUACAUCUAAACCUACAUUAUUGCCCAUAGAACAUAUUGGUCAUAUAAAGGACAUAGCUUAAUUGCGAAUCUAAAAAGAAAACAAUGUGAGUUCGCUUGAAAUCAUAUCAGACAAAUUGAGGCCUAGGCUAUGGACUAUAUUUAUGUGGGUUUUCAAAACAAUACAGUAAAUGCAGCUGCAGGCAACAUUUACCAAAAUGAAACGGUGAUUAAUUUUGUUAAUGAUUAAACCGGAAACAUUUAAGGGUCGAGCUUAAGUAUUGACUGAUGAAUUUGGAUUUGCAUAUGGUAAUUGGUCUGGCCACUGCUCGCCAACUGUAAGGCCAUUUGGAACCAUUUGGAAUCCCUUGUUUGUCUCGUCACAGACUGAUGAAGGUUAAUAUUUUACCCCGCCUGUCUGUAUGUCUGUGUUCCAUAGGUGUGGUUCCAGAACCGCCGGAUGAAGGACAAGCGGCAGCGUCUGGCCAUGACGUGGCCUCACCCUGCCGACCCCGCCUUCUACACCUACAUGAUGAGUCACGCAGCCGCUACCGGGAACCUCGGUUACCCCUUCCCGUCCCACCUACCAUUACCGUAUUACUCCCACCUUGGGGUCGGAGCCGGUUCCGCCUCCUCCGCCACCCCGUUCUCCAACCCCCUCAGGUCCCUCGACAGUUUCCGGAUGUUGUCUCACCCCUACCAGAGACCCGAGCUUCUGUGUUCGUUCAGGCACCCGUCCCUGUACCCCAGCCCGGCCCACGGCCUCGGUCCCGGGGGGAAGCCCCUGCUCCUGCCUCGCCUGUCACUCCGCUCAAUCAAACGGCCUUCCACAGAGGCCUACCGGGUCAGACUUCCCGUGCUCCCCAACGAGCAGGACUGA